UGAGAGAAGGCUACUGUGUCGGUUGAAGUGUUGGUGAUCCAUGAAGCAAAAUCAGUUAGAGGGUCGGUAGUUACAUUUUGUUGAUCCACUUGAGUGUUGCAAAAGGGUUGGUGGGAGAAUGUUAUAGUUCGAUCCUCUCCGCAAACAGUACAAACGUCCGAACAAUUAGCAAUACACUCGGGGCAGUUAAUUUUAGCACAAAUAAAGUUGACUUCGUGGAGUUUUCCAUUUUGCCCUUGUUGGUGUUGCAUAGUUUCAAAGUCGAAAGCGAUGAUGCGGUAAGGUUUCGGCUUCCUUGUAGCAAGAGGUUUGAUAUAACAUCCUCUUUUUGGAUCAUGAAAGCUGAAGCAGGUGUUACAGUAGCGUUCGGAACAAACAUGACCACUUCUACCAUUUCGGUUGUUAUCUUUGACAAACCAUACCACUCCACAUUUUUCACAUUUUUUAGAAUUGUCGCAGAAGUUUGAGAAUAGAUGGUGGUUGUAGCAGUCCUCGUUUUUAAAUUCUUUGUCACAUCCAGAGCAGUGUUUGAAAAAGUUGUUCAGGGGCUGGCAUGGGAACUUUGGACCGAUCCUGGAGCAGUUUUGACAUUUAACUUUGCAUGAAGUGGCAUGAUCUUUUGGACGAUUGUACGUUUUUUCACAAAAAAGGCAAUAAGCUUCACCAAACAAAUCAGAUGCCCUUCGCACACCGUCGAAAUGUUGAUUGUGGUGAUAAAGAAUAAUUGGGGUAUCAAACUUUUCCUGUCCAUAUUUGAAGAUAGGUUCUUCGGCAAAUUCACCAAAGAUAUAAACUUUAAACAGGCCUAUGUUCAAUGUAUUCCAAUAAUUGACCACUUUGGGAACCCAGUUCUGCGCAUCAUAGCUUGGCUGAUCAAGAGGAGCUCCAACAUCUCUCAAUAG